AUGAACGUCUCUGGGAUUCACCACGGGGUGCUCAGGAUGUAUGGUGGAUUCAUUUUCAAACAGUGGAAGAAACGGUUUCUGCGUCUCACCCCUGAGGGCAGUCUCCUUGUUUGCCACGAUGCACUGUCUCCACCUCAUCAGAUCGUACUGCUGCAAAGCAACUGUGAGGCAAUUGUUGAAGGCAAGGAGAUCCUGGACCUGCCAAAAUUACCCACCGGUGGAUCCAGGGACAGCUGCUUCGCCCUGAUUCUCACCCAAAAUAAAUACCUGCUGCUGCUGGCUGACACCUCCGCAGACUGCAGUCAGUGGCUGAAUGUGCUGAAAAAAGUCAAAAUGAGUCUCUCAUCACCCCUCAGCACUUGUAAGCGCCAUCAGGUUGUACCACCACACUUUACUCUCCAAGAUCUGGUGCCUGAGCCAAUUCUGGAAAAAGAUCCACCAACUCCACCUGUAAGUGACACAGAGUCCUCCUCUCCAGGACCUACAAGCAAAGACUCCCCACGGGAAAAUGGCAGAAAUUCCCCACGGACAAAGUAUAACAGACGGAGUGCACAGGGGGUAGGAUGUCUGCGUCAUGGCACUCUGAAUAAUGCCCAAGCGAUGAAGGCGGUUUACAUGCUGAUGGGAGGGGCCGCCGCCUCCUCUGCACUGGGCUACCUUGGAGCAUGCUCAUCUUCUAACCUUGAUGUAAAAACCGACCUUACGGCCAACCCGGAUUUCUCUGGAACAGGACCUGCAGGAGCGUAUGACCUCGGGACCUCCUCGCUCAACUCCCCCCACUACAACAGCUUUGACUUUGAGGUGGCAGACUCUGAUUUUGAUGCUUUUGAUUGUGGUGGGUUUACUUUUUAAUGAUUCUAAAUAUAAAUGGAGAAGGAUUACUUUUUUUUUUAAAUCAAAAUAAAAACAACUAAUGGAAAUCAAGAGGUUAAUGCAGUGGCCUGGAAGUGCAAAACACUAUUAUAUUAGCCUGAAACACUUUCACAGGUUUGAGAAAACAGUGGACCUGUUCAGAUUGACAGCAUCUGCAUAAAAAAUACAAGAUUUAAAAGAAUAAACAUAUCUGAGAGAUUAUUCUGAAGCCAAUAACUACUAAGAACUGCAUCUCUGCCAAGUCAGUUUUGUGUUAUGUGACUCAUAUAAUUUCUAAAAUACAGAUACCAGGCAAAAAACUGUAUCAGUGUACAUUUUCAUUUGUGUAUUUUUGAUUAAUGGUUGUAUUUAUAUUGUUUGUAUUAUAAUUCUGUUUGUAUUUAACAGUGAUUGUGCGUUCUGAUACAUGUGAUAAUCCAUGAGGUAAUAUUAAAAUGAUAGCUGUAUUUUUAUCACUGGCGCCACAUAGUGCAUCCAUAGGACAUGAUGUAUGUAUUACAUAAUGCUUAAGAGGCAUUACUGUAUAACCAUUAAUGGAUUAAAACUUAUCUGCAGGAGAUUUUUGAUGUUGUAACCCCAGGCUGCAGGGAAGCUACGAAGCUCAUUUAAAAAAAAUGUAU